UUCUAGUGGACGGAACUGGAGGCUUCUUCAACAGCGACAAAAGGCUUCUGAUUCAACCAACGUGGUGAUUUGCUAGCGAACGUAAAACUGAAACAUUGAAGCGCGUUAGACCAAUCUUUUGUAGUUUACUCUUAGUGUUUUGAAUAUAAUUCUGUUUACUUAUCUACUAGUUCAUUUAAACGUAAUUUGCUUGUUAAAUUAGCAAAUGUGGUAAAUUGAUAAUGCACUAGGCUAAUCGACCGGAGCAUGAGUUCAAUAAGCUCGACGGAGAAAGAAGCUCUGGUGAAAGGAGAGGAAGAAGCUUUCAGGAUGAAAAAGGAGGAAGAGGAAGCUAUCACAUUGAAAGAAGAAGAGGAUGAUAUUACAGUGAAAGAGGAAGAUGGGAAAAAGGUUGUCAAAGUGGAAGAGGAGGAGGUAGAAGCUUUCAGAAUCAAAAAGGAGGAAGAUGCCAUAACAUUGAAAGAAGAGAAUGUAGUGAAAGAAGAGGAAGAACCUUUUCGAGUAAAAGAGGAAGAGGAGGCUAUCUCAAUAAAAGAGGAGGAAGACGUUUUGGGAGUGAAAAAGGAGGAGGCUGAAGAUCGGGUUACAAACAGAGAGAGACGUGACUAUCGUGGAUCCUUUGGGGAGCCUCAACAACAUCCUGAUGCUGACGAGGCAGAGAAGAAUCUCUCCAGAUCAGAACACCAGAUGGACAACGCUAGCCCUUCCUCCCUCCCGGAGUCCCCGUGUCAUGCCUCUCCCGGUAGCGCCGUACUGCUGGGUAUGAAGAGGUUGUCUGUGCUGCUGGUGGACUGCAGGAAAACAACGGGGCUGGGUGGAACUGUGAGAGGAGGAGAAGAGAAGAAAGGAUCAGAUUUGACACAUCAAAGAGAAAGACCAGACUCAGAGGAACCAGAGCCAGGGACGUCCAAACCAACAAGAAGACACCAGUGUUCCCACUGUGUAAAGUGGUUUAACAAGUUAGGGAACCUGAAACAACAUGAGAGAAUACACACCGGGGAGAAGCCUUACCAUUGCUCCCAAUGUGGAAAGUGUUUCAACCGGCCGGGGGAUCUGGAACGGCACGAGAGAAUACACACAGGGGAGAAGCCUUACCAUUGCUCCCAAUGUGGAAAGGGUUUCAACCGGCCGGGGGAUCUGGAACGGCACGAGAGAAUACACACAGGGGAGAAGCCUUACCACUGCUCCCAGUGUGGAAAGCAUUUUAACCAGAAAGGACACCUGAACAAACAUGAGAGAAUACACACAGGGAGAAGCCUUACCACUGCUCCCAAUGUGGAUGGAGUUUCAACCAUCCGGGGGAGCUGAAACGGCAUGAGAGAAUACACACAGGGGACUUGCUGUCUUAUAUUGUUGACUGAUAAUGAUUACCUGUUUUUACCAUAUGAUCUUGAAUUGUACAAAGUAUACUAAAACAUAUAUUUGUAUGUUUUUAUUAGAAAACAUGAAUUGAAUAUGGAGUAUGUCAGUUUGAAUAUAGAGUAGGUCAGAUUUCAUGUGUUUAAAUGGUCCUUUUUUAACCUGUCUAGGAUGAGGGUGCCGCUAGCGGCACUCCCCCCGUACCCCCACUGAAAAACCAGUGCCGCGAAAUUCCAAAAAAAUAUAUUUUUUAAAUAUUUAACUUUCACACAUUAAAGUCCAAUACAGCUAAUGAAAGACACAGAUCUUGUGAAUCCAGCCAACAUGUCCGAUUUUUAAAAUGUUUUACAGGGAAGACACAAUAUGUAAAGAUGUAAAUCUAUCUACCUUAUUUGUCCACCAACACCAGUAGCUAUCACCAAUUCGGCUAAACUAAGAUAUUUAUAGCCCCUAACCAAGAAAAUAACUCAUCAGAUGACAGUCUAACAUAUUUAUGGUAUGGGAUAGGUUUUGUUAGAAAAAUGUGCAUAUUUCAGGUAGAUGGCAUAGGUUACAAUUGCACCCACCGUCACAAAUGGGCUAGAAUAACUACAUAGAGCAACGUGUUUACCUACUUACUAAUCAUCAAACAUUUCGUAAAAAUACACAGCAUACACUAAUCGAAAGACACAGAUCCUGUGAAUACAGACAAUAUUUCAGAUUUUCUAAGUGUCUUACAGCGAAAACACAAUAAAUCGUUAUAUUAGCAUAGCACAUGUGCAAACAUUACCCCAGCAUUAAUUCUAGCCAAAGUGAGCGAUAACGUAAACAUCGCCAAAAUAUAUUAUUUUUUUCACUAACCUUCUCAGAAUUCUUCAGAUGACACCCCUGUAACAUCACAUUACAACAUGCAUAUAGUUUGUUCGAAAAUGUGCAUAUUUAGCCACCAAAAUCAUGGUUAGACAAUGGGGAAAGUAGCCCAGCUGGUGAGAAAAUGUCCGUGCGCCAUAUUAGACAGUGAUCUACUCGUAUACAUAAAUACUCAUAAACGUGACUAAAAAAUAUAGGGUGGACAGCGAUUGAUAGACAAUUUAAUUCUUAAUACAAUCGCGGAAUUACAUUUUUUAAAUUAUCCUUACUUUUCAAUACAGUUUGCGCCAAGCGAAGCUACGUCAAAAAACAUGGCGUCCUAAGCCACUAACAUUUUUCGACAGAAACACGAUUUAUCAUAAUACAAAUUUCCUACUUUGAGCUGUUCUUCCAUCAGUAUCUUGGGCAAAGGAUCCUUUCUUGGGUCUAAUCGUCUUUUGGUGGAAAGCUGUCCUCUUGCCAUGUGGAAAUGCCAACUGCGUUCAGCAUGAACUGGAAGCGUGCCCAGCGAUUCACAGCGUUUCAGAAAUAAAUGUCCCAAAAUCGCACUAAACGGAUAUAAAUUGCUAUAAAACGCUUUAAAUUAACUACCUUAUGAUGUUUUUAACUCCUAUAACGAGUCUUAACAUGACCGGAGAAAGAUUACUCCCAACACUAAUGCUUGGAACAGGUGCGGGUCGGUGUCCUCCAGGCGCAUGACGCAGCUCCAAAAGAGUGACUAGCUACAGGGUUUUUUAAUUUAUAGUGCCUGUGAACGCGCAAUCGACCCCAUUCAAAUCGUCAUCACGUAAAGGCAUCCAGGGGAAGAUGUAAGCAGUGUCCGUAUACUCAUAGGAAUAACAUUGGCUUUAAAACUGACUCCAGAACAGUGGCCAAAAUUUCUGAAAUCUGACUCCAUGUCAGGGAAAUUGCUGUAGAAUGGGUUCUGUUCCACUUAGAGACAAAAUUUAAACUCCUAUAGAAACUAUAGGCUGUUUUCUAUCCAAUAAUAAUAAUACUAUGCAUAUUGUACGAUCAAGAAUUUUGUAGGAAGCCGUUUCAAAAAUUACACGAUUAGCAUAAAUAGUGACAACAGCGCCCCCAGCCUCAACAGGUUAAACUCUGUGUUUGUGUGUAUCUGGGUGUCUUUCCUCCAGCACCACAGAUAUAAAGUGAUAUUUGGAUGUGAUGCAUUUGUUCCGUUGUUUUCAUUUGCAAUGUUGGCCCACUGAUGAUUUAAUUAAAUGAAAAUGUUCACAGACUCUGUAUUGCAAAAUGUUAAUUGUAUGUGUCCACAUAUCUGAGUAUGUGACUUGUGGUGGAUGAAUCAGAAUUAGUUGGGUAACAUAGAUAAUUAAGAUUUCUUAUCUGCAUAAUAUGCUCAUGUGAUAUACUUGUUAUUAGAAUGUAUCCCUUCGGACUCUGGUGAUGGCAGUUGCCCUUCUUCCCUCAGCUGGGGCUCAGUCACCUGGGGCCCAGAGAGGGGAGAGGUCAGGCUUGUCUUUCACAUGUCCCUGGUGCUAUGCAGAAUAUCAGGAAGGGAAGAGGACAGGAGGAAACAUUGACUUCAUAUGUGAAUGUAUCUGUUAAACUAUGUGAAGGGAUGGUGUGAUUAAUGGGGAACCAAUUACUGGUUUCCACAAUGUCUGUGCGCAAGUCACUGCCUCCUUUGGCAUUGGGGGGAGGUGUAUGGCAGUGUCUGGAACCAUUGUAUGGCCUCUCCGAUGUUGCACUUAUCCUGGGAUAGUGUAUGACCUAGAGGCUCACUCCCCUCAGUGAGCUUGUCCAGGAGUGGGGUCAAGAAGGGGUUUUACUUGAGAUGGGAGUAUUUAGAGUUGACAAUUGAGUUAUGCCAUUGGAUGAGUUGGUGUUUUUGUGCUAUGAAGUACCAGGAACGAGAUUAGAACCUCGUUUUAGGGACCAAACUGAAUGAUAAAUUAUAGCGAAUGCUAUCUGG